AUGAACGUACGGCCACCUAUAGAGUCGUCAAGCCCUACGGCGGUGUUGUCAGUCUCUUUCAACAACGAUGCCAGCUGUUUCGCCGUCGGCCUUGAAUCAGGCAUCUGCAUUUUUCACACAAAGUCAUGUCUAUUGAAGGCGUCAAGAGAUUUCAAUGCCGGUAUUGGCUUGGUUCGCAUGAUGGGCAUGACCAACUAUCUGGCCCUUGUCGGUGGCGGGCGCUUUCCGAAAUUCGCCAUGAACAAGGCGAUAAUAUGGGAUGAUAUGAAGGGAAAGGCGGCGUUGGAGAUUGCCGCCCUCAGCUCCGUCCGCGGCGUCCAGCUUGGUCGCGAACGCAUCGCCGUGGUACUCCAGAGCAGUGUGCGCGUGUACUCAUUUGCCAAGCCCCCCAGUCUGCUGCAUGUAUACGAGACGUCAGACAACCUUUCGGGGCUUUGCUGCAUGUCCGAGAAGAGGCUCGCCUUCCCCGGCAGAACCGAUGGCCAGAUCCAGCUCGUCGAGCUUGCCACCGGCAACGUCAGCAUCAUUCCAGCCCACUCCUCCGCCCUCAAAGCGAUCCAGCUCAGCCCAGACGGCGAACUUCUCGCCAGCGCCAGUGAGACGGGCACCCUAAUUCGGGUCUACUCGACCAGCAACUGUGCAAAGAUUGCCGAGCUGCGUCGCGGCAUUGACCCUGCCACCAUUUACUCGUUGGCAUUCUCCCCGUCUGGAGACUACCUGGCUUGCACAUCUGACAAGUCCACCCUCCACAUCUUUGACGUUCCUCACCCGCGACGCACGGCGCCUCAUCGCAGUCAACAGCUCGGCGGCGGGAACGAGUCCGAUCCUGGCAAAUGGGGUAUCUUGGGCAAGAUUCCACUAAUGCCGCGGGUCUUCUCAGAUGUCUACUCCUUUGCCUCUGCACCUUUUGAAGCGGGUGACGAAGGCAUGAUUGGCGGCAUACCCUUUUCCGAGGCAACGACGCUGGGAACGACGAAACAUUGCAAGGGCGUCAUUGGCUGGACGAGUAAUGACAGCCUCGUUGUCAUCGGUGCGGGACAAGAUGCUCGAUGGGAGAAAUUUGCCAUCACCGAGGGAGAGGAUGGCAAACGAUAUUGCACGAGAGAAGGUUGGAAACGAUACCUUGGAAAUACGUAG